GCCAGUGCUGAGGGUGAUGGAGGUGGAGGAAAUGUCGUGGAUCCUCACUGACUGCGGCCUGUCUGUCAGGAAGUCCAGGACCCAGUUGCAGAGGGGGGGGCUCAGUCCGAGUGAAAAGAGUUUAUGGAUCAGGGUCUGUGGUAUGAAAUUUCCACCGGCUCUACUCGCCUCACUACUGAUCCUUGUUGCAAACAGUCCAACACAACACUCUGUGACUGACGGAGAUAUUGUCGUCCAUUCAAGAGACAAGCAGAGCGUCAAAGUCUGUGAACAUGAGAACUGCUUCUGGUCAAAGGGAGCAAACGGACUGGUCCAAGUUCCAUACACAAUAAGUGACACCUUUACCAGCAAUGAAAAGAGCACCAUUAAAAAAGCCAUGAAUGAAUUACACUUGAGCUCAUGUGUGCGCUUUGUCCCGCGCACGAGUCACAUAAACUACGUCAGUAUUGUGAAGAAAGACGGAUGUUGGUCAGCGGUUGGUCGAAGAGGAGGUGAACAGGAGUUAUCUCUCAGGUACAACUGCGUGAACAACGGCCACAUUCAGCACGAGUUAAUGCACGUGCUGGGUUUUUGGCACGAGCAGAGUCGAUCCGACAGAGACGUCUACGUCAAAAUCAACUUGGACAAUGUCAAAGACGAGCACAUUAGCAACUUUGAUCGUAAGGAAACGCUCAACCUCAACGUCCCGUACGACUACUCGUCCUUGAUGCAUUACGGACGCAAAGACUUCUCAAAGAACGGACAGGACACCGACACACCUAUGAUCGCCUCAGCAUCCAUCGGCCAGAGGAUCGGUAUGACAGAGAAGGACUUUCUGAAGAUCAACAAGCUUCACAGCUGCAAGAACUACCUCCAUAAGAGCGGCGAGUGGGACAGUGUGUUGGGUGGAACUCUGACUCGCCAGUGUCCCGAGGGCCAAGCUGUUUCCAGCAUCACCAGCGCCUACGACAGUAUUGAGAAAGAUCGACACUGGGCUGUUACGUGCAAGGCUUUGGAGAAAACCCACGUUUGUCAGUGGUCGACUUUUACCAAUAAGGCUUGGCACGACAUGAACUUUGAAUGUGGAGACAACAGAGUGAUCGCUGGCGUCCACAGUGUGUAUGACCAUAUGAUGCAGGACAGGAUGUGAGUAUCUCUGUUUGUACCUGUACUGACUUCAUGGAUGAUGAGCUGAUGUGAAGUCACACCUCGCUCUCGUCUCACAGAUGGAAGUUUUACUGCUGCUGAGCCUCUGCCACCGUCAGCCUUUCCAACCUCAAACACACACCUCUGGUCAACUUCUAUGGCGAGUACUUCGGCUGGAAGGUCGCCAGCAUCAACUACAUCACAGCUGUGAAAAGCAGCUU